AUGAAAAUAGUAAUAUUCUGCAUAUUUUCAAGAACCUGUCUACAAAAGCAAGCAAGAGUGGUACUAAAAGGUUUUACUACUGGAAAAGAUACUGCUGCAGAUUUAGAUAAAUUCCAGGUGGGCAGACCCAAUAUACUAGCAGUAUUUCAUGAAGAUAUAGACAAAUAUAACCAGAAUUAUCAUAGAUAUGGUUCUUGUAUGCGCAUUGCCACUAGAAUACAGGCUAUGCCUCUACUUAAAACACCAAAAUUUGCAUUUAUAAAUGUUAUCAAACAGAAGGACAUGUUUAUAUUUAGGAUACAUUUGUAUUGCAUGCUUUCCACCCACAUGACUUGA